AUGAGUUCACAAGACCCGUAUUAUAACCAAGUGCAUCCACCCAGACAUCAUACAGAUCCAGAAUAUAACAACUAUGUUAAUAAUCCUAACCAAUCAAGUGCAUUAUCGGUUGAAAGUUUACGUAUGGACAAUCUGAGAAUAAGCGACGAUGGUGCCAAUUUAACACCCAACCGUUCAAACUCAGCACCAAUUAAUAAUAUAAGUAAUUUACAUGAAACACAGUCCAUUCGUUCAAUACGUUCAACACACUCAAUACGUUCUCAACAUCAAGAUAGAACAGCAUCUCCCCGUCCUCCCUCGAAUAAAGAACAACUGUCGUCACCACCAAUAUCACAUACUUCUACUACUAAUCUAGCAUAUACUGAAACGUAUUAUCAGGAAGGUUAUUAUGAUGGUAACAAUAAUAAUAAUCAGCAAAAUGUCCCAAACUAUAACAAUAGCAUCCAACAACCUUAUUAUAAUGAUCAAUAUAAUCCACCAUAUGACCCAUCAUAUGACCCAUCAUAUGACCAACCAUAUGGCCCACCAUACGAUCCACAGUACGAUCCACAAUACGAUCCACAAAACCCACAAGGUUAUUAUAACGAACAAUAUUACGAUCAAUCUGGGGCUCAUGAACAAGUUUAUAAUUAUAAUGAGAAUCAAGAAUAUCCACCAAGUGAUUCAAAAAAAAAUGAAGAAAAACCUUCGUUCACACCAGAAGCCAUAGAAAAAUAUCGACAGAAAGCCAAAGCAAGCAAUAAUCCAGCCACUUUUCUAUCAUUUGCAAAAUAUUUGAUUGAAGCUUCUGGUGAAGCUAACGAGAAUGACCUGGAUCCUAGGAAUGCAAAAAAGAAAAAAGAUGAAUUGGUUCAAGAAGCAUUGAAGAUUAUUAAACGAUUAGCAACUCAAGGAAUGGGGUUUGGUCGACCUGCUUAUUCAGAGGCGCAAUUUUAUCUUGCAAAUUGUUAUGGUCACGGUUCUUUGGGUUUAGCAAAGGAUGAAGAUAAAGCAUUCAGUUUGUACAUACAAGCAUCCAAACAAAAUCAUGCAGGAGCAGCUUAUCGUACAGCUGUUUGUUAUGAAGUUGGAGCUGGUACUAAACGAGAUCCACAUCGUGCCACACAGUUCUUUCGUAAAGCGGCAGCUCUUGGUGAUACUGCUGCAAUGUACAAAUUUGGUAUGAUAUUGUUGUAUGGACUACUGUCUCAAAAUCCAAAUCCUCGCGAAGCAAUAAUAUGGUUGAAACGAGCUGCAUCAAAUGCAGAUGAGGAGAAUCCACACGCAUUACACGAGUUAGGUUUGUUACAUGAGAAACCCGAGGAUAAACCACCAGUAAUCCCAUCAUUAAUUAGAAGUGAAAAACAUGCUAUAGAAGAAUUUAAAAAGGCAGCAGAUCUUGGGUAUGCGCCUUCUUGUUUUAAAUUGGGAUCUUGUUAUGAGGAUGGGCUAUUGGGAUGUCUGAAAGACCCACGGCAAUCAAUCAGAUAUUAUUCACGAGCUGCAGAGAAAGGUGAUCCGGACGCCGAACUGGCAUUAUCUGGCUGGUAUUUUAGAGGGGUAGAAGGUGUUCUAAAAAAAUCAGAUACUGAAGCUUAUUUAUGGGCACGUAAAGCUGCUGAUAAAGGACUUGCAAAGGCAGAAUUUGCAGUUGGGUAUUAUUAUCAACAUGGUGUUGGCGUACAAUCAAAUCUUGAAGAAGCAAGACGUUGGUAUAUGCGCGCAGCAGCUCAAGGAAAUAAAAGAGCAAUGACUUAUCUUACUGAAUUAAAAAAAAUGGGAAGUGCAAGUCGUUUAAGACCUACAAAACAUACCAAAGAUCAAGCGACUAAAGAAGAUUGUAUUAUAUGUUAG